CCUAGGAAGAUUAGAGGAAGCUCCUAUGUUAAAAAGGUAGAGAGAUAAAACCUUCCCACAACAACCCAGAAUUUUCUUAGUGUCUUAGAAUUUGGGACUCACAACCAGAUAGCUCCCAAGAAUGGCUUCAUCAGGCACCUCUUCUUUUCAAUGGAGAUGGGAUGUUUUUUUGAGCUUUAGAGGGGAAGAUACCCGCUUCAAUUUUACGGAUCAUCUUUAUUCGGCUUUGACGAGUAGGUACAUCCACACCUUUAGAGAUGAUGAAGGACUUGAAAGAGGAGGAGAGAUUCAACCUUCACUCUUGAAAGCUAUUGAAGAUUCAAUGAUUUCUGUGGUCGUUUUUUCGGAAAACUAUGCUCAUUCAAAAUGGUGCUUGGAUGAGCUUGAAAAGAUCAUGCAGUGCAGCAGAGAAAAGGGCCAAAAAGUUCUACCAAUUUUCUACCAUGUGGAUCCGUCUGAUGUGCGGAAACAAACGGGAAGUUUUGGAGAAGCAUUUGCAAGAUACGGGAGAUACGGAAACGUCACUGAGGAGAGGGUGCUGAGAUGGAGGGCGGCACUGAGCCAAGCCGGCGGUCUGGCUGGAUGGCAUGUGAUGCAUGGGUAUGAAUCUCAGAUUAUUAAAGUAAUUGUUCGACGCAUUUCGAAAAUGCUGAUCAGUCGUCCUGAACUCUUAUUUAUUGGUGACAACCUGGUAGGAAUCAAUUCCCGUUUGGAAGAAAUGUCGUCACUAUUAUGUAUGGAGUCAAAUGAUGUUCGAAUGAUAGGAAUACAUGGAAUUGCUGGAAUAGGCAAGACUACCCUCGCCAAAGGAAUAUACAACCAAAUUGCUCAUCAAUUCGAAGGUGCUAGCUUUCUUUCAAAUGUUGCAGAGGUAAAGGAACACCGUGGAUCGCUUAAAUUACAAAGACAACUUCUAGCAGAUAUCCUAGGGGAAAAAAUUGCACGCAUAAGCAACAUUGAUGAAGGCAUUAGCUUGAUAAAGAAGACGCUUUGCUCUAGAAAGGUUCUUAUCAUUCUAGAUGAUGUUAGUGCUUUGACUCAAUUAGAAUUCUUGGCAGGGAGCCGUCACUGGUUUGGUUCAGGUAGUAGAAUUAUCAUAACAUCGAGAAAUAAACAUUUACUCGAUGUGCUUGAAGUUGAUGGAUUAUAUGAGGUUCAGAAAUUAAAAUCUGAGGAAGCUUUUAAACUGUUUAGUUUGUAUGCGUUCGAGGCAGACCAUGACGAUGGGUUUUGGGAGCUCUCCGGACGUGCAUUAAAUUACUGUGAUGGACUUCCGCUUGCUGUUAAAGUUGUGGGAGGUUACCUGCGUAACAAGACGGAGCUUGAAUGGGAAGAUGAACUGCUUAAGCUAACAACAGUAGGGCAGAUUACAGUCCAAUAUGUGCUUAGAUUAAGUUACGACAGACUGGAACACACAGAAAAGGAUCUAUUCCUUGAUAUUGCAUGCUUCUUCAGAGGGAAGGACUCAGAUUCUGUUGGAAGAAUACUUGAUAGUUGCAACUUCUCUGCAAUUGGAAUGAAAGUUCUCAAAGAUUGUUCUUUCAUUAGUAUUUUAGACAACAAGAUAGAAAUGCAUGGUUUGAUGCAACAAAUGGAAUGGGAAAUCAUUCGGAGAGAAUCACCUGGACAACCUGGCCAACGGAGUAGAUUGUGGAAUCCAGAAGAUGUCCAUGCUGUGUUGACACAAAAAACGGGGACAAAGGCAAUCGAAGGAAUAUCCUUUGAUGUGUCGGCAUCAAAAGAAAUACAGAUUACGUCUGAAGCUCUUAAAAAAAUGACAAACCUUCGACUCCUCAGGGUCUAUUGGGAUGGACUUUCAUCAUAUGAUUCUAACACAGUGCACCUUCCCGAAGAAUUCGAAUUUCCUUCCUAUGAAUUAAGAUAUCUUCAUUGGGAUGGAUGGAGUCUGGAAUCGUUGCCGUCAAAUUUUAAUGGUAAGAAACUGGUUGAACUCAGUUUGAAGCAUAGCAGCUUAAACCACCUUUGGAAAGGGAACAAGUUAUGAUCACUACUUAUUCUCAAUAAAUUUUGAAGUUCUUCCAAGAAA